GUUACCAGCAGCCAAUAUGCAAUUCUUCUUCCUCGAGUUGAUUGAGAGAUUAAAAAACACUGUACGAAAAGGAUGGGUACUUCGUGGUGUUCGACAUCCCGAGAGCGUCAGUGAUCACAUGUAUCGAAUGGCAAUUAUGUGCCUCAUGGUACCAGACAUCGAUGAUUUUGUUCGUACGAGGGCUGUCACCAUGUCUCUAGUUCAUGAUAUGGGAGAAGCGCUGAUAGGCGACAUCACUCCAUCGGACGGAGUUAGCAAAGAGCAAAAGUUUGAGCGAGAAGAAAUGGCGUUGAAAUUCCUUGCGUGUACCAUUCGCUCCUCGAAUCCGAGUUUCGCAGAUUCUAUUUUGGACUUGUGGUAUGAAUAUGAAAGAGGAGAAUCUCCAGCGGCAAUGUUGGUCCGAGAAAUCGACAAGCUAGAGUGUAUCCAGCAAGCAAAUGUGUACGAAGGGCGAAGCGGUACAGACUUGGGUGAAUUCAUGGCACUGAAAGAGAAGGUUACCCUGCCAGUGUUGCAGCCUUUGCUGAAUGAUUGCUUACAUGAGCAUGAAGAGUUUACGAAACGGACGAAGACCCGUUUAGUUGUCAUCUUCCUAAUAGUACCAGGGGGUCCUGGCGUUGGAAAAGGAACACAGUGUUCUCUUCUUGCAGAAGAGUUCGGACUGCACCAUAUUUCUGUCGGUGACCUACUGCGGGUCGAGGCAGCACGCCCGGAAUCUCCAUAUCGCGACUUCAUACCUGAGAGCAUUCGAAAAUCUAUACUCCUCCCAGCUCAACUCACAACUCAGCUCUUGCAGCAAGCCAUAGUCCAAGCACGCUCGCAAGAGAAGCACAACUUUCUGCUCGAUGGCUUUCCCCGAAGCAUCGCACAGGUCGUCGAUUUUGAGGACAAGAUCUCCAAUGACUACGCGACUAUCUCGUUGACGUGUACUGAGACGGAGCUGUUGAAUCGUCUGCGCAACCGCUCAUCGCUCUCGGAACGUAUAGACGACAAUCCGGAAUCGAUCGUGAGAAGACUUCAAACAUUCAACGCGAACAAUGCUGAGGUUCUCGGUCAUCUCAGAAAACAAGGGCAAUGUUUCGAUGUUGAGUGCUCUGGCUCAGUGAGUGAAGUUUAUACGGAUGUACGUGAGACCGUCCAACAAAUUCUCCGCAUUUCCGAAAGUGCCCCAAAGACCGGGCCUAACUAAAGUCGGUCAUGCUCAGCUGCUCGAAGUGUUGUGAUGGUUGUUUAUUAAAUGCCAAUCUGCAUAUAGAAAAAUCGACGCUGU